AUGCCUCCUGCUGCUGGUGCUGCUGCUGCAGGAAGAGGAGGAAGAAAGGGAUUUAGGGCACCAGGGCUUGCUGUUGCUGCUCCUGUAACAGCAGCAGAAGAGAGGGAAGCAGCAGCAGCAGCAAAAAGGGGAGCAGCAAAAAGAGGUGCAGCAGCAGCAGCAGCAGCACCUGGUGCAUUUAAAGGUCCAACCUUUGGUGUAGCACUCCCUACAGCAGCAGAGGAAGCAGCAGCAGAAGAAGCAGCAGCAGCAGAAGAAGAAGAGGAAGCAGCAGCAGCAGCAGCAGCAGCAGGAGCUGCAGGAAGAAGGAGAGGGUUUAGGGGCCCAGCACUUGGUGUAGCAGCAGGAGGGAUAGAGGAGGAGAUGGAGGGAGGUGCCGAGACACCCCAAGAAGGAGGAAAAGGAAGAGGACCGCUGUCUGCUGCUGCAGCAGCAGCAGCAGCAGCAACAAAGCCACCUCCUCUGCCUCCCCCUACUGUGGGGCCCGAGAGCGGACAUGGAGGAGGGCCGUCAGAGUAUGCAGAGAGAGAGAGGCAGCUGCAGCAGCUGCAGCAGCAACUACUGCAGCAACAGCAGGAAAUGCAGCAGCAGAUGCAGCAGCAGCAGCAAAUGCAGUUUCCCUCGGGACAACCACCACCGCAGCAACCACAAGAGAUAGAGUUACGCCCUGUCUUAGAUGCAAUACAAAGACUUGAUCAACGGAUAGCAGAGCUGCAUAGUCUAACACAGCAGCAGCAGCAGCAGAUGCAGCAGCAGCAGCAGAUGCAGCAGCAGCAACAGCAGCAGCUACUGCAACAACAAGAACAGCUAUCGGAAACUAUCAAACAGCAGCAGCAACAACAACAGCAGCAACUGCAGCAGCAGCAGCAGCAGCAACCACUAGAAGCAGCACCUCCAUAUCCACCAACACCAGCACCGGAGGCAGCAGCAGCACCACCACCAGCAGAAGCAGCAGCAGCAGCAGCAGAAACAGCAGCAGCAGCAGCAGCACCUCCAACAGCAGCAGCAACAACAGAAGCAGGCCCCGCAGAAGCAGCUCCACCAGCAGCACCAGCACCAUCAGCAGCAGAAACAGCAGCAGCAGCAGCACCAGCACCAGCAGAAACAGCAGCAGCAGCAGCACCACCACCACCACCACCUGCAGCAGCAGCAGCAGCAACUCCUCCAAUUAGCAUAGAGAAUUAUAAUUGUGGAGGGUGCUGCAGUGACGAAGAGGAAGAAGGAGGAGAAAAAAAAGAAGAAAAAAAGGAAGAAGAAAAAAAGGAAGAAGAAAGGAAGGAAGAAGAGAAGAAAGAAGAAGAAAAUAUACAACAAGGAGGACAACAAGAAGAACAAGGAAGAAAAGAAGAAGAAGAAGAAAAGAAAGAAGAAGAAAAGAAAGAAGAAGAAAGGAAGGAAGAAGAAAAGAAAGAAGAAGAAAAGAAAGAGGAAGGAGGACAACAACAAGAAGAAAGGAAAGAAGAAGAAAGGAAAGAAGAAGAAGAAGGACAACAACAACAACAAGAAGAAAGGAAAGAAGAAGAAGGACAACAAGAAGAAGAAGAACAGAAAGAAGAAGAACAAUAA